AUGGCAUCGAUCUUAAAAUGGGCAAGAGCAGCGACGAGAAGAUCGCCAUCCGCGCCAUUGCGGUUCCCCACGACGGGGUAUGAAUUGACCAGCGAUGCUCAACCACUUGACGAGGAACAACUUGAGGGAUUCAAAAGGGGGCUAUAUUGUCCUGUAAACAUUGGAGAUGUAUUUAUGUCUAAAUACCAAGUCGUCGGAAAGCUUGGAUAUGGCAUGACGUCUACUGUCUGGUUGGCGCGCAAUUUACAAGCUCAUGAACACGUUUCCCUUAAAAUCUACACUCGUGACGGAGAUCCAAAGGAAGAAUCCGAGAUUUAUAAACGUCUAAGGAAAGGCAACAAUUCCCAUCCCGGGUUUCCACAUAUUAGGACAGCCCUUGAGAUAUUUACAAUACCCCGUAUAGGCGGUGAUCAUACUUGUCUUGUGCAGAAACCGAUGUGGGAAAGCUUUAGAGAACUUAAAUAUCGUCUUCCGAACCAUUGUUUUACGGAGAAGAUAUUAAAGGGUGCAUUGAAACAGUUGUUUUUGGCUUUGGAUUAUUUGCAUAGAGAAUGUCAGCUUGUUCAUACGGACAUUAAGGCGGAUAAUAUCCUAUCUGAAAUUGAGGACGAAUCCAUUCUCGACGCCUUCACAGAAGCGGAGAUGAAUUCUCCUUCACCUCGCAAGGUAAUUGAUGGUGUGACUGUGUAUGCGUCACGAAGAUUCGAUGUCCCAAGAGUUUUUGGUGAUUCUGUGUUGAGCGACUUUGGCUCUGCAGUUCGGGGGGAUUUGAAGAGGAAUCAUGGUGCAGGGCCUCAAAUCUACCGAGCACCGGAAGUCUUGAUCAAAUCACCUUGGAGUUAUCCGAUCGAUAUAUGGAACGUAGGAGCAAUGAUUUGGGAUCUCUUUGAGGGAAAACAUAUGUUUUAUGGUGAAGAUAGCGAUGGAAAAGGCUAUUCCACUCGUGCUCAUUUAGCAGAGGUUAUUGGAAUGUUGGGACCUCCCCCUAUGGAUUUUCUCGAAAGAGGUUUGCGACCUCCCGAGUUCUUUGAUCAAGAAGGUAAAUGGAUAGCAGGAAUGCCUGUUGCGAAAGAUAAGGAAUUGAAGAAGAUGGAAGUACGUCUUCAGGGUAGGAAUCAGGAGAUGUUUUUGAAUAUGAUGCGUGGUAUGCUUCAAUGGCGGCCGGAAGAUAGGAGGUCUGCUAGGCAAUUAGCUGAUGAUCCUUGGAUUAAUGAUGUAACUGAUUAG